AUGAGACGCACCCAAGGCCGUGUAACUGGCGACGACAUUCGGUCAGCUGGUCUGAGGAGAUGGGAUGGUCGAGCAAGAGUUACCACAGAUUGGAUCAAUCUGUUUCAUGAACCAGAGCUGUGUUGGCCUACCGGUGAUUGUCUGGUCUAUCUGAGAGAGCCUGGCCAGUCCAGUCGAGGUCCUGCAUUUAGAGUCCACACCGCGUUUCUCAAGGUCAAAGGAUUUGAGACUCUCGUCGACCGGUGUCUCACCAGGAAUUCAAUCCACGCAGAGGCACAAUGUGUCCUCCCCAAUUGUCCCGGCUGCGACCCUCAGCAAACACUCCUAGAGCUGUACAUUCCAGCUCCUCACGGUGCUGGACUCGAAGAUAUCUUCGACUAUCACGUCACGACUCGGAACUUCUUUGCCUGGCUCUACAAUCGACCACUGGCUGGUAGGGCUUUGGGAAAGGCCCUGGCAGAUCUGAAGGCGAGGAUUGAUGUGUAUCGCCCGGAUGACACCUCUCAGAACGCCCUCGAGGUGGUGUCAUACGCGGAACAACAGAAAUACCUGGAUUUCAGAGAAUGUGUUGACCAUGCCCUUGCGGCGCUUUAUCUGGCCGAGACGCUGCAGAUCCAGGAUCUUUGGGUGGAUGCAUUUGCUCACUGUGUGGGUAUGAGCCACCGGGGCCUACGCUCAAGCAUCGAGUACGAGGUGACCAGUACCAAAUCCAAAGCCCUGAUCAAUCGAGCUCGCCUCGAGAUGGAUCUUCGGCUAGACCGCGUUUACAAAUCAGUCGUCGACUUCUUUGAGAGUGAGGUGAGAGUUGGAUUUCUGGGACUCCCACAACCAGCCAGGGAUCAUCUCUUCAAAUUCCGCGCCUUUCUCAGGAAGUUCUAUGUCGACAAGCAUCUUUGUUGGCCCCCUGAUGGUUUCGAGAGUGACGCCACUCGGCAAAAAAUUUAUUCUGCCAUCUUCAGUGAUUUCAAGAAUCUUUACCAGCACUUGGUUGACCCCGAAUCAUCCACCAGCUUGGGGGAAAGCGAUGUUACCAAGUCUGGUGGCAUAUGUACCCACCAGGUCAUCCAAGCAUUUGACAUUAAGCAUCGUUACGAGCCACUUGCUCACCCUCUUCCUCUCUUGCCAAAAGGCCCGGACUCCGCGGCGGGUCAACGUCAACCGCUCCAACGCCGACUGUCCUGGAAUCCUAUACAAAAGCGAAAAGCGGACAGGGAGGCCCGGAAGAUGCAAGAUAAACAAGCUUUGAUCACGGCGUCCAAUCGCGAUCUCCUGGUUAUGGAUUGUCCUCUGGUGCGGCGCUUCUCGGAGUUCGAGGAGAGUACAGUCGACGAUGAGCUUGUGGGAUUGUCGGUGAUCGAAGGCCGAAAGGUCCGCUGGCUCAUGGUCUACGCGGUUCUUCAAACUUUCCACGCCAUUGCGCAGCCGCCGGUGCAGGUUCGCAAUACCAACAAUCUGACUUAUUCUCUUUGCUGCCAGCCGCCAAAGAGAAUGCCAUGGCAGCUGACACCUGUACCGGACGUCCGCAGUGUUGGCCGGGUCUCAAGUCAGCUCAUCCCUGACACAAGCUACUCUCACACCAAUGCGCUGAAGUCUUCCACUGGCGAAGGCAUGGUGAGAGGAAGAUCAGCCAAGGCUCGUCGUCGAACAACUCUUCCUGCUCACCUACCUGGGUCGUUGAAGGCAUCCUUAACCAGCAAGACCCCUCCCGGCUCUCGAUCAUCCUCGCUGAGGCGGUUGAUUUCUCGCCGCGCACAAUCUGUCGUGGACGAAAUGCCAUCCAAGCGGCCUGCGUUCUGCGAAAUCUUUGUUGAAGGCUAUGGCAAUGGACUGAAUGAAGUCAAUGCCGAAAAGGCUGCCCCCGGCGCCAUGGAGCUUGCUGCAGAACAGGACGUAGUUGAGCAUCCUAUCCAAGAAGAGCGGAAUGAACCCCACGAACUGGUGGGUGACUCGGUACAUGAACUGGCGUCUGACGAAAUCAAGGCGCCACCUCCUUUACCGCCAUCCGAUGGUUCAGCGACCACGCCAGUGUCAAUGUCUCGGGAGUCAUCUGCAGCUUCUAUCGCUAGUAAUUGGUCCAAGACAAGUGAUAAGAGCGAUCUCGGCCCAACUACUCCUACCAGUGAUGCAGUCUGUUCCCUCAAGGAGAUCUUGCACACUACCAGUAGUGCCAAAGAUCUGAAGUCAGUGACGAAGCAGACAUCGCAGUCUUUAGUGCACAAUGCGACCGACUCAACUACGAUUGUGGACGAUGAAGAGGACGACCCGAUGCAGAUGCCAUCGGUCCACUUCAAUACGCAGACCUGGGACAUGAUCCUGGGCCAGAUACCGGUGAGCGAGUCUCCAAGGGAGCCAUCGACCGCGCCCGCAGGGGUGGCAGCAGCAGCUCCCUUGGUGGCACGAGCUUGA